UGUGUCAAUAAAUACUUUCUUAUAUUAUAUAUUGGAAAAUGUUUUUCAAAUUAUAUUGUAUUAGUUGAUUUAAAUAUAAUGCCAUAUAAUGAUUGCCGAUGUGGAUACUGUGCUCGAUCUGAUUGGCUUCCGCUGGAUGCAGUUCUUAAUGUUGAUCGCCCAUUCGUGCCAUACGAUUUAUGUGGUCAGCGAAAUUAUGGGAGUGCCAUCGAUUGUGGUUGCUUGUGAAUUUAAAUUGAACGACACUGAACUCUUUCUGCUGACAAGUGCUGGAUUCGUGGGCAUGAUUGUCUCCGGUCAUUAUGCUGGCUACAAGUCGGAUAUCAUUGGACGCCGUGCCUCGCUCUUAUUUGCCAUGUCGCUGGGGCUGAUUUCGUCGUUCUUAAGCCUGCUCAUGCCCUGGUUUUACGCUUUCCUAUUCUUUCGUUUCGCAACCGGUCUAUUCGUGGGCGCUGUGAUGACCAACAGCUUUACGUAUCUCGUGGAGUUCACCAAGAUCUCGCUGCGUCCCAUAAUCGCCAAUUUUGCGUCCUAUCCCAUUUGUAUGGCCGGCAUUGUGGUGCCAUUCAUUAAUCAUCUCAAUGAACCGCUGGACAGCGUACUCUGGAGUUGGGAUACUUUUCAUGUGCGUAGAUGGCGGCUUUGUCUGUUUUUCAAUUAUGUGCCUGGCCUCAUUGGCCUUAUUAUCAUAUACCUUCUGCCAGAAUCGGUGAAGUUCUUGCUCUCCAUUGGCGAUGGUGAACGCGCUUAUGAAGCGCUUGAUCGUCUGUGCAAGCGGAAUCACGGCAAAAGCCUCAGUGAACUGGAUGUGACAGGCGUCACACAGCCACAUAUACGUGCGAGCAUUAUUUCACACCGAAAAUUCUUCGCACGCAUGUGGCAUGACACAAAGCCACUUUUUGGGGAAUCCUAUCGAAAGCCCGUCAUACUCAUUAUCCUCAUUAUGUGCGGCGUUUUCUUUGUUGGCAACGGAUUGAAUUUGUGGUUUCUGAAAAUCAACAAUCAAUUGACUGCGGAGGAGCGCAUCAUGUGUGAUCACUUGGAGGAUACAACGCAUCUAACCGAAGGCAAUGUUUGCUCUGAUCGACCCGUCAGCUACCUCGAGAAUAUGAUGUUGGGCGCGGCAUCGAUAUGCUGCUGCGUUUUCAUCAGCAUUAUGCUUCGACUUAUCAGACGUCGCAGCGUGAUGUGCAUAAACACAAUUAUUGCAGCUCUAGCUGGCUUCAGUCUUAAUUUUAUCAAGCACAACAAAGUGCUGCUCGCCGCCUUGUUGAUCUUUAUAGCGAUGUGCACCACUUGCAUCUCACUAGUUGCCUCGGUGACUGCUGAUGUUGUGCCCACCCAUCUGAGAGGUAAAGCAAUCGCUUUGGUCUUUAUGUUCGCGCGAUUUGCCGUCAUUAUUGCGAACUGCAUCUUUGGGCACUUUGCACAUACUUGGUGCCUGAUAACAUUUAACUUAUUUGUGUUAGUGACUGUUGCUGUUGUUAUAAUGAUAUUAUUUCUACCGGUUUAAUACGCCUCCAAAAUCUGAGCUACUAUGAAAAUCAAUCAAUCAAUAAAUUGAUUGCAAAAUAGGGUUGUUGUUGACCUUAAUCAAUCAAUUAAGCGUCGCAACGUGUACGUCAGAAAAUGAGUAAAAUCUCAUAUUU